CGCAACAAAGUUGCAUGAACUUUUUUUAAGAGGAGUUGGAUUUUUAACUUUUCCUCCUUCUCAGAUUCGUUCUAGAAAAAUAUGGCUGGUACAAAAUUUGUAGUUCAGACAUUGCUCUUUUCAAUAAAAAAAAAAAUUAUUUUCCAAGAUGUUCUUAAGUGGAGAACUAUGACUGGAGAUUUCGGCAAUUACUUUUGCAUCGUAGGUUAUUGGCCCAAUAGUGGAGUUAAGAACUCAAUCUGAAGUCAAGUUUGAUUUGACCAAUCUAAAUGAGCCCAUCACUCCAUGUAUCCUUGUUUUUGCUUGCAUCGAUCCUUGUUGUGUGAGUUCUUUCAAGACUGAACUCUCGACAUUGUGCCGUGUUAAUUGAAUUCUUCGAAAGACGCUUGUCAUUACCGCUAUUCGAAGCAUUGCUUUGAAUGUCCUUUUAGGAUCACCAAAAUGAAUCUUCAUAUUGAUUUAUCAACUGAAAUCGUUUUCUCUGCUGACAUCAUUUCUACUUGUUGGUUUGUUUAGUGAACGGGAUAAAAUUGAAGGUAUUUAUCCUACUCCACUCGAUGAGUUUUAUCAUAAAACGUAUGUACAAAUGAAUAAAUUGAAAGACUUACACGUUGAUUUGUAUCAUUUACUUCUUCAGAGAAAAUAACAAAUAAUAUAACGUGACACAAAAUUAUCAAAGAAUUUUGGCAUAUGUGUGACGUCCCGAUGGAGUUUCCCAUAUUGCAUUAUCUGUUUUCCAUUGUAGAUAUAAUUUAUGUACGUGACAACUUUUCCAUUGCCAUCUUCAUAUUUAUUGUCCUUGCUAGUUAAUAUCUUAUUGUUCUCGCUUUUGCCCGUAUCUUAAUAUCAUUACUCUUGCUGUUACCUUAAACAAUUGUGCUCAAUUCAAUGUCUUCACCUCAUUAUGUAUUCUCUUUUCUUUGUCCUUGUGCGAGACUAUAACAAGAACAAUGAAAUACAUUGUAGAUAUGAUUUUUAACAUAUAAGUGAAAAUGUAGAGCAUAGUUACAUCUACACGAUAUAUUUCUCAUCUGAAAUCGUUACACCAUAGUUUACAUAAAAGCUAUUUAAUUUAGACUUAUACACUCUAUCCUUUCAAUUCAACGAAAAGUAGUUUUGCCUCUUCAAAUCGACAUCAAUGAAGUCUAACUGCGAGAUAAGUGAAAAAUAAAUGAGCCGUAUAUCUUAUGGCUGCAGGCAUACAUUACAUAUGCGAAGGACAUACUCGAUAGACUGGUAGAAAAGUGAUGUCGUUUAAAUGUAUACAUCAUGAGGAGAGAAUCAUAUAAUCAGUUUACGAGCAGUUAACGUUGAAUGCGUUUUCAUGCGACCUUACACCGUUUUCAUCUUUCUUUUUCCAACUUUCUUCAUUAUUUACCUUCAAAUUACUCGACAGAUAACGACAAACAAUCAUCAACCGUUUGAUUGUACACAAAUAUGUCCUUAUAGAAGCAACCGAACACGUACUCAUCUCGAAUUUGAUUCGAAACACAUCAUUCAACAUGAUUCUGAAUUUAUUUGUCAACGAAAUUUUCGUAAUCUAGCUGAUUGGAUCUAUGGUUGGCCCAAUCAGUUUCAAGAAUAUGUUGAGGUGACAACUACGAGUGGACGACUUAUAGCUCCAUGUUUACCUCAUGGCAGUAUAAUUUAUGUUAGUAUUUGGUAUAUCGGCACUUUUUUUAGCCAAGUUUAUCCGCAUUUAAUGAAUGAUUUUGUUUUAAUUACGGGUGAAGGUGAUAUAUCUUCACCAGAUAUGGCUUAUUUAGAGCGAACUGAUUCUAAAAUUAUUCAUUGGUUCGGUCAAAAUGGAAUGAUUGAUGCUUCAAGAAGCAAGAAGUUCACACACAUCCCUAUUGGUAAGAUGUCGAUAAGUCAAUGA